GGGACAGAUGACUAUUGUUCAUUUUGAUCGUUGAUGGACAUUGUCUGAGAAGAGCAGAGGAGAAGGAUACCAUCGACUAUAUCUCUCUCCUCGUGGAUGGUAGAUUUUCGUCGAUAGACUGCUGUCUCCAUCAUGGCUUCGCAUUCUCGUCCUAAGGUGCUGAUGUUCGAUAUUGGCGGAGUUUGUGUCGUCUCGCCAUUCCAAGCCAUUUUGGAUUACGAAAUCCAACAUGGCAUCCCCAGGGGCUACAUCAAUUUUUCAAUCCGCGAACUCACGCCAGAUGGAGCGUGGCACAAACUCGAGCGCGGCGAAAUCCCCAAUGAUGCGAACUACUUUCGAAUGUUCAAGGCCGACCUGGAGCGGCCAGACUUAUGGGCCAAGUUCCAUCAGAAGUCCAACAACUCAAACCCGCCACCUGUACCGGAUAUCGACGCGGAGACGCUGUACUGGACUAUGAUGAGCAUGUCGCGUACCCCGGAUCCGUACAUGUAUCCCGCUCUGAAGAAGCUCAAAGCGUCAGGACAGUAUAAGUUAGCAGCGCUGUCGAAUACGACGAUAUUCCCCGAGGGCCACGAGUUUAACAAGAUCGGUCCUGACGAUGUGCGACUGUUCUUUGAGAUCUUUGUGAGCAGUGCACAUGUGGGCAUGAGAAAGCCCAAUCGGAAUAUUUACGAGUAUGCGCUCGAGCAGAUCCGCCAGAAGUGGGGACAAGACAUCCGAAACGAGGAUGUUGUCUUCUUGGACGAUAUCGGGGAGAACCUGAAGACGGCGAAGAGUCUAGGAAUUCGGACCAUAAGGGUGGUUCUCGGACGGACGCAGGAAGCCGUAAAGGAAUUAGAGAAGGUAACUGGAUUGAGCUUGCUGGAGCCGGGUGAGUCAAGGGCAAGAUUAUGAGGCUCACGGACGCAACUAGAGAUCCAGGGUUGCUUGAUAAAUGGUUUGGCGAUUUGAUAGACAAUUUGCAUCAAUUGAAGUACCAGUAGUGCGGC